CAAUGUGCCUGUUCCAGGGGAGCAUCCCAUCGUUGUGGGUUCCAGGGGAGCAUCCCGCUGUUGCCAGGACGAGGCGCGAAGCCAUGGAGUCCAUGGCGGCCCCUGAGCAAGAGCCCUCAGCUGGGACAGAAGCGCGUGGGAGGCAGAAACCGCCCAACACGACCCUGAAGCGAGCGGUGGUCUCGCUGCUGCCCGCCCCGUGCAGCCGGUUCCUUUGGAGCCAGCCGGACCAGUACCGCAGCAGCAAGUUCUUCCUGGGCACCAGCCUCGGGACCCUCCUUGGCCUCGGGCUUUGCCAGCUCCUCGUUGUCCCCAUGAACAUCACAGAGACGCGCAAGGUGCAGCUCUGCUGCGGGCUGGCGGGGGUGACCGCCUUGGGCUGGGCCACGUCCCCCCACUUUCGCUGCGCCAGCCUGCUCGUGGCCCCCAAAUUUCUGGGCAAGGAGGGUCGGGUCUACGUCCUCUCAUUUGUCCUCGCUGCCAUCUACAACGGGCCCGUGGCCAACGCCUGGCACAACCUGGAGGAGGUGACGCGCUCGCUGGGCUGCGUGGCGGAGCUGCAGGUCAACCACAGCCGCCAGCUCUGGCAGGUGUCGACGGCGCCCAUGCGCAGGGUGAUGGAGGACAUGGCGCGGAGCGGGCAGACGCUGAGCACCGAGAUGCGGAACAUCUCGCACGCCUUCGUGGGGCUGAACGAGGAGGUGGCCAGCGAGGCGGGGUACGACCUGCGGCAGCAGCAGCAGCAGCAGCACCCAAAGCCCCAGCCGGCCCCCAGCACCCAGCAGCUGUACGAGAUGAAGACCAAACUGCGUUGCACCCAUCUGAUCGAGCUGGGCAUGCAGCGCUGCCGGGACUGGUUCAACGACAAGCACGAGGCUUGCAUGGCGCAAAUCAUGGUGCCUCUCAUCAGCCACCUCCUCUGCCUGCCCAUGAAGUUCAAGUUCCUCUGCCACAUUGUCAAUGUCAUGCACGGCUGGUGCUGGGACAAGAUCCCGGUGGAGGGCAACUUUGGGCAGAUGUAUGACCUGGUGAACAACUCCGUCAGCAACCUCAGCCAGGAAUUCAGCGCCAGCGUCGUCUUGCAGGUGGGUGCCUGUCCCCUCCGCCCAGGGCUGGGGUGGGGGCCGGGUCCUGCCGGCCCCACGGCCCCUCUGCUGCAGGAGGAGCACCGCGAGAUGCUGAUGGGUGCCAACGUGUCAGCGGAGCAGCUGAUGGAGGAGGUGACCUCACACCUGCAGCAGCACAGUGCCCACCUAGGCCAGGCUGUCUCCUUCUUCCGCCUGCUGCUCUCCUGCACCUUCCUCCUCGUCUUCAUCUCGGCUUUCUCCUACACCAAGCGGUACUGCCAGGACAUCCGCUUUGACAACCUCUACAUCACCACCUACUUCCGCCAAAUCGAUGCCCGACGCAGAAAACAGCACAAGCGGACGCUGCUGCCCCUGCGUCGGGCAGAGGUCUCGGCCGUCAUUUUCCCGUGCCACCUGGCUGUGCAGCCGCCCGAGCUGCAGAGCAUGGUGCUGGAGCUGCUGGAGUGCAUCCCACCCCUGCUCCUCCUCGUCCUCGCCUGUGGCCUGGACCACACGCUCUUCACCAUGCUCAGCAUCAUCCAGCAGCACUCCUUCGUGCAGUACUCUUUCCACAGCAGCCACCACUUGGCCGUGCAGGUGACGGGCACGUCCCUGAUGGCUCGGCUCCUGCGGAGCACCAUCGGGGCCCUCAACACCUCCUCUGACACCCAGCUGGAGACAUCCAACGUGGCCUGCCUGCCGCAGCCCCGGGGCAUGACGAGGCAGCAGUACGUGCACAGCUGCCUGCCGCUGGCCGUGCUGGCGCUGCUCUGCCUGGGCCAGGUCUACACGUACCGCCUGCGCCGCGCCAUUGCCGCCUUCUACUUCCCCAAGGUGAGCGGCAGCCCUGGCACGGCCUGGCCUGCUGGGGGGCAGUUUUUGGGGUGGGCUGGUGCCCCCCGCCCCGGCCACCCCUCCCGGUCUUUGCUGGCACAGCGGGAGAAGAGCCGCGUGCUCUACCUCUACAACAAGCUGCUGCAGCAGCGGCACAGCUUCAUCCGCCGGCAGCAGAAGCGCAUCGCCCGGCGGGCACAGCAGCACCCGGGACUGGUGAGCAGGGAGAGACGUGCUGGGCUGGGGGGGCUUCGCUGUCCCCCGAUUCCAGGUCUGUUCCCCCGUGGGGGAGCUGCUCAGCCCGAGCCCCACAUGUCCCUGUCCCCACCGCAGGGGAUGUUGCUGCUGAAGUGGUGCUGCCGGCGCUGGCCAAGCCUGCGCCGCUGGAUGCGCCGGAGCUGCACAGUGUGUGGGGCACCUGAGACCCCCCGGGACCGGGUCUGCCCUGCGCCCGCCUGCGGCGCCACGUACUGCGGGCAGUGCUGGAGGGAGGCGGGCAGAGCGUGCCUCGCCUGUGCCCCCGCGGACCGCGGCCUCUCCCAGGACAGCAGCGAGGAGGACGGGGGGUACGCGGCCUGA